GCGCGCCGUGGCUGCCGGCGGCGGGAUGGAGCCGGGCCGAGCCAUGUCCCCGGCGGACCCCGAGCUGCUGCUGCGGGAGCUGGGCGGCUGGGACGGGGCGCUCUGCCGCCGGGAGCUGCCCUGCGUCCUGCCCCGCCUGCUCUCUAUGUAUCAAAAUUCUGACGACUGGACCGAGCAUAUUCGUGUGCUGAGGAUUCUGACUGAAAUGUUUCUGCCUCAUAUCAACCUUUCAGAAUUAGAGCAAACCUUUUUCUCAAAAGUGUUACCCAAGGCAAUACAAUUAUUUGAUGAUUUGUUGUAUGAAUUAUCCAGUCAAGCCAAAGGACUAACCAGCCAGAACAUAGAAUUAUGCAAAGCGGUGAGGAAUGUUUUACAGACUAUGCUGCAGCUGCUGGAAACUCUGACGGGUUGUGUGCGACAUAUCUGUACCCUGCAGGAGCCUGUGCCUCUAGAGAGUAUCCGUACCCUUCCCUCUUCCAUUCUUUAUGUAAUCAAAAACACAUUUAUGCACUGCAAGGACAGCGAGUCACUGUACAGUGAGUGCCUGCACUUGAUUUCUGACCUCCUGCAAUCUCUGUUUAAAGAGACCUAUUCUCUUCAAAAGCAGCUUAUGGAGCUGCUUGAUAUGAUCUCUAUGGAAUCUGCUUCUGCUGAGGACAGUAUUGUAGAUAUGGUGUCAGUGAUCCACACUGUGCUGGAGAUCUGCUCUGUCAUUUCCAACAUGGACCAUGCCCUUCAUGCCAACACAUGGAAGUUCAUAAUCAAGCAAAGCCUCAAGCACCAUUCCCUGCUACAGAGCCAUUUGAAACACAAGGACAUCCUCAGUGGCCUGUGCAAGGACACCCUCUUCUCGUUCCAUUCCUGUUUGCAGCUGGCUGAGCAGAUGAAGCUGUCUGGGACACAGGAGACCACUGACUACAAGUUGUUCCAGAGGACAGUCAAACUGUGUAGAUUCUUUGCUAAUUCUCUUGUUCACUACAUCAAGGAAUUUAUUCCUUUCCUCUCUGAUUCCUGCAGUCGAUUACACCAGCUGUAUCUUCAGAUAUAUAGACAAAUCUGGGAAGGAGGUAACCUGUUCCUUAGAGACAACGGACAAGCUAACACCUCUAGCCUGGUGUCAUCAAAGUUGAUUGGCAAAUCACCCAUCAAGUGGCCAUUUGGCAAUCUUUCUCCUGAGUUGCAUCUGCCGCAGUGUCAUCUUCUGGUUACCAUAAUGGACAAGCUGCCCUCUCAGUCUGAGGCUGUGCAGGCUCUCUGGACCACAGGAAGCCAGUUCUCAGCAGAGGUUCCCAGGCUCUCUUUGUUCUCAGCCCUUUUUCUCGGUUUCCAGCAGUGCUCUGGUGAGCUCUCUCUUCCUGUUUGUUUGCCUGGAGUGAUGGAUAAUGGACAAGCUGAGGUUCCUGUCACCCUGUAUCACCACUUCUGUGUCCACUUGUGUGCCUUCAUUGCAUCCACACCCCCAUCACACUUUCCUCAGCUGGAGUGUGCUCUGCUGGAUGCAGUCCUUGGUUCUAGUAUGAUCACCUCUCUACUGGCUAUGGAUUCAUGGUGCUUCCUGGCCCGGUAUGGAACGGCUGAAUUGUGUGCUCAUCACAUCUUUGUGAUAGCCCAUUUGAUAAAGUCUUGCCCUGGCGAGUGUUACCAGCUCUCUGUCUUGGGGGUCCUGCUGAGGCGUAUGCUGUUCUUGAUGUCUCCAGACCACCAGGUGGAGUUUACCCAAAAGUUUCCUCCCAAAGAAGCAGAGAACCUGCUCCUGUGGCAGCAUAUUUCUCUCAAGGCCCUAACUCCCGAUCUUAGGAAACAAGUGGCGCACCAGCUCUGUGCGGUGGGGCUCACACAAUGCAGGCAGUGGCUGAGCGGCAGGUGCACUCUGGGAGAACUCCCACCUGUGAACGUUGCUCUCUCUGUCUUGCUGACUGUGUGCAAUUCUGCUGGCGACACUCUGGAGGCAGGACUACAGGCAGCAGCGUUGGGAGCUGCUAGUCAGCUCUGGGCUCUCCUCAAGGGCAAGCAGGUCUCAAGUCAGCCAUGCCUCCAGCAGACACUUUGCUUGCUCCUUCCACUACUGGAAUUUUUCAUCCAAACAUUAGACCCUCAACUGAUAACUCAGGUGUUUGCAAUGCAGACUUCCCUCCUUGAGUUGGAUCCCCCAGAUCAUGUUCGCUUGGCAGCACUGGAUCUUCUCUCUUCUAUGGGGAAAUUGUUUAUGCCACAAGAAAUUCAGGGGCAAGUUAUACCCAAGCUGUCAUAUCUCUUUGCCUCUUUGUUGGCCGACAAGACUUGGCUGAUUUACCAACAUGCACUGGAGGCAUUCACUCAGUUUGCAGAGACAACAAAGCAUGAAGAUGUAGUUCCUCAGUGCCUUAAUUCUGAAGAAACUAAAAACAAAGUUGUUUGCUUUCUGGCCAAGGCAAGGCAGGGAGAGGAGACGGCAGAAGCAAGGGCAGAACGAGUGAAACAGGAAAAGGCCGUCUGCAGUGCACACUUGCUUAAAAUGAAAAUGGAUGGAGAAUGGGGCUCAGCAUUAGAGCCCUUGGCAAAGAGAGCUUGUCACUCACCCUGUGAGGAGCAGUACAAGUCUGCUAUAGACACUGCAGAGAGAGCACUGGAAGCUGUGAAACUGCUGCUGCAGAAAGGACCGUCUCCUGCUUGGCUUGCAGUGAAAUUAGAGGCUCUACAGGCAGCAAUAGCCAUCUUAAGAAACACUGUACGGUAAGGUGUUAGACACUGAACAGCUCAGCACUGGCUUAACACUGGGGGAGAUCACAGCUGGAAAACGAACAAACUGAAAAUAAGGGGAGUUACCAGUGAUACCCUUCUACAAAACACCCUGAUUUUGAUUCACUCACUGUAAAUAGUGUUUUGUUUAAUGUGCCUGAAUGUGUUAACUUUUUUGGAAGGGUUAAGAUGUUGAAUUUAACUGACCCCAUGCUGUGUAAAGGAGCUAAUUUCAUAUGCUGCUCUAACUUGGACCAGGGAAAGCUUAACAGGCUUGUGUAGUAAGGUAUUUGAAUCUUUUGUAAGAGAAAAUGGACUGUAAUUGUCCCUGUUACAUCUACAGAGACAGACACUUUUGUAUUAAAUUGUUAACAAUGAAUGCGUGAAUAGUUUGAGUGUAUUUUAAAAACCAAGGCUCCAUUCUCUCAUGGAGAAGUCAGGCACCUGAGCUGCUGUUUCACUCGGACACUGUACUGAUCUUUUGAAAAUAAUCUUUAUUGGUCAGGUUAAAGAGCAGAGUGAAUUUAGAGCUAUGAUACAAUUUGUGUUAAACACACUUUCCUUGUAAUGGUCUCCUAGCACACUGCACCCACCCCGCCAUUCAUUCUGGUAGAACAGCAAUAAAUAGGUCAUCCAAGUAAACUGUACAGUCUAAAAUCAUUGCAGUUUGCAUCUAAAAAGUUAAAAGGAGC